GAAGGAGAAAUAAUUCUCAUGGUUGAUUUAAACCCCCUGAGGUUGGAAGUCUUGAAAAUAUCUGUCUGCGUGAUGCUCUCAAACGAGCUGAGAUGGGGGGUUGCGGGCGUUGAAAAUUUGUUUGUUCUCCGGACCUACUACACAACUUCUAGAUUUGGGGGAGAGGUGUCAUUCCCCUCUUCUCGGUCCACGACUAAUUUUUCACUUACGUUAUGGUAUCUCUUGCCGAGUUAUUUGACUUUGCAGUCUAGAGUAAUGGAGAAAAAUAAUAAAAAAAAAUUGAAUCUAGGAGUAGUCAUAGGAGCAAUUAGAAAGCAUGUUUUUGCCUGUCGAUUUUCUGCAUUCCUGGCCGACCCGUCACGUAUUCAGCAAUUUGUUUACUCAGGUGACCCAGACCAUUUAUCGAGCCAUAGCAGGUGUAACUUUUAGAAACUUGUAAGCUUAUGAAACGUUUGUACGGGCUGGUUUCAACCACAAACACUGCUUGUCCACUGCCUAGCUACUGCUUGGCCACCGCUUGGGUAGCCUGUGCACUCUUUCAGCGACAACAAGAUCAUGUGACCUAAUGGCGCGAAAUUUCCUAUUCACUCUUUUCUCAACUCCCGUUGCAUUAAUGAUCAAAAGUUGUAACAGAUUUCUCAAUUGUCUUCAUUUAUCAACCGAAUUUUCGUUAUCCGUCUCUAUACUACAAGCGAAAGUUUGUAUUCCAGUGAAAAUUAUGAUAGAUGAAGCUCCUCGAGACAUCUGCCGACAAAUUGUAUUCCUCAUCGACUCUAAUCCUUCGUUUUGGGGAUCGAACUGUAGCUGCGAAAACACUUGCAACGCCAUUCGAUUGUGUGUGCUCAAAAUUCUCACGUACUUCAGCAACAUAAAUGGCAGAGGAAAGCGAUCGAAUCUACGUUGGGGAUUCAAGUUCUUCAACUCUAGGACAUUAUCACAUCAGUUUGAACGACACGAGUUCAAAGAUUUCUCAGUAGAAGUGUUUGAAGAGUUUGAAACUGAAGUAUCGAAGAAGUUGAACGAAUCCUUCGCACAAGUGAGCAAUACACUUGAACAAAAUGAGCCGGACGGAGAGAAAGAUUCUUCAUUUGUUAAACCACCAGCUGAGGUUAAAUGCAUUUCUUGUGCUUUAACUAAUGUAGUUCACGAUUUUCAAUGGGAAAGACCAGACAUCAGUUCGCCCGUGAGAAGUACUCGCAGAAACAACAACUUGCUUCAUGGCAACAGAUCAUCAAAUACUCGUAAUGUUACGUUUUUAUUGAGUGGUUGUCCUUGCAAUGAUGAAUCGAUCGCUAACUUUACUGGUGAAACUUCAUCAUCUCUAAGAACGUUUGAUAGUGUGAAGAACAUUCUAAUGCCUUCAAUGUUGUUCAAGGAAUUUAGAGAAAGACAGAUUUGUUUACAUUGGGUAAACAUCGGAAAUGCCCAGCAGGAGAAUACUGGCUUGAAAUCAUUAUUGGAUGCUUUAGUGGAGCAGCUUGGUGGACGCCUGAUACCUCUUUCUGCAGUGAUUUAUGCUGGGAACAUUUUCUCUUUGGGUUCUGACCUGAUGAAUACAUCUGGAAGAAGUGUCUCAGCUGGCAAAGAAGUCAUAUCCUAUGUUAGCCAUGGACCAUUGCUACCUUGUAAAACUGUCAUGGAUUUUUAUCUCCGUGGAAAGCCAACAAAGUUAUCAGAACUAGUUAAUGCUACACAGAAUCAAGCAAAGUUGGGUUGUCCUGAAACCACAGGAUUUCUAUGUUCUUCAGGUACUGAUGAGAAAGUCCAUUGUGCUGUAAAACUUCGCUCCAUGUUCCAGCCAGUACCAGAGCAGCAAGGCCCAAGAGACCACCAUCAUAGUGCUUCUGAUAGAACAAAUGAUGCUAAUGGUCAGCAAGCUUCAACACCUGAGGUGUCAACCUCAGAAAAAGACAAAAGCCCUCCUAAUCUUCUGUGGAUCAGAGGAGUGAUAAAUCAAGCCUGCAUCUGCCCAACAUGGUUGCACCCCACAAAAGGAUAUUCAUGUAUUGGCAUGGACGACAGACAUGCAGAUGAUUCACCAAACUCUGCUUUGUGCUCACAAAGAUUUAUCUCUGGCUGGUUCCAGGGACUCUUACUUUCCUUGGCAAAUGAUAGCAAACUCCUGGUUCUUGACUUUAUCGACUGUGAUAGUGGACUGCCAGUUAGUGGAGUACUUCAGCCCAUGACCUCUGUCUGUGGUGUUAUAAGUGUCAUUGCAUUGGAUUUUCUUGUGGAGUUUGAUAAGUUACUGCUUUGGAAUGGCAAGACUGCAGUUCUGGAUACGAAACGUGUGAAAAACGCAGAAACCUCCCACCUUUUGGUUAAUGAGCACAGAUCCAAAACUGUUUAUAAACCAGCCAAACCACUUGGAUACAAUGAAGUCUUUGUUAGGCUUACAAGAUCGCAAAAUAAUGUGGAAGCAACUGAUUCAAGAACAUUUGAUGCUGGGUUUGUUGAUCCAUGGUGCUCUUUUCCUGAUGUUGAUGAUAACAAUAGGUUACUUUGGAGUGAGCUGAGCAGAGUUGAUGAGUCUGAAGAAGAGAAAGAAGCUGACAGUGAAGACAGUGAGUCUAACCUAAUAAAAGAACUAAAGAAACUUUACAACAGCAAGGAAACUAAGUCAACAUCAAUAGCUUUUAAUGGAAGGCCAUCACCAAAACAGUCCAAGGUGAAGUUAAACACUCCAGCAAAAACGAAGGGGAAGAGGGCUGUGUUGAAGCAGAGUAGAGAUUUGGAAAACAAAACAGAAACAAAAGAUCAGAACAACAAACUGGAUAAAAAGGAAAGUCAACCUGCAGUUAACAACAGAAUAGAAAACAGCUGUAUCAACAAGGACAAGCAGAUGAAGACCAAAAGCAUUGGAACACAAGACGUCCCUUGUGAUAUCAAAGAUGAAGCAGAACUGGUGAAGGUUGUUCAUGAUUUAUGUGACAAAGUUGUUUUGGAGGAAGCAAAUAUACUCGACAACAUCACCAACAUAGUGACACUAGUUUCCUUCAGUUAUGCAAAAGAAGAAGCUGAUAGAGAGAAGGACUGUCCUUCAAAGUUUCUAGGAGAGCAUUUCCUUCUAACAGUAUCAGCUCUUAAAGAAAAAUAUGAAGGAUGCAGUGAUGUCAUCAGAACUGGACAACAAGUCAGAGAGUACCAGCUUCAAAUCCUGCUAAGAAUGGAGAUUGCAGCUCUUGCAAAUGCCGAUGAAAACAGUCCCCUGGUUGAGGAGGUGACUGCACUCUUGCGAGCCAUCUCGUUCAUGAAAGACCCUAAGUUUCUGACUGUGUAUCUACGCGAGGUACUUCUUCAAAGGUACAGUCACAUCCUUGCCAAGUUCCUGUGCGGUGUUUAUGAAGGUCUGAUGAUGCGCCCUCCCAGGGAACUGUUGACGCCCUCCAAAUGGUCCAGCGAUGAUGAAUCACCCAUCAGACGCUCCGUCAACUCCAAUUCCAGCGCUAAACAAGACUCUAAUCAGCCAAGGAGCAGUGGAUGCCGUGUUCUCACCCGCCAUUUGAGUGUCACAGAUGCGGUUGGUAAAAGAAGAGAGAUCGUUGUACCUGGGAAAGCAAAACCAAAAGAUAAAGAGAAGAAAAAGAAAGAAAAACCACAAGGCUCUAUCAGUUCACGAGGUGCAAGCAAGAAGGAAGAGAAGAAAGCCACAGGUCAGAAAACGCCAGUUAAACUAGUCAGACGAAAUCUUUUCACGGAAUCCGAGGAAGGUGAUGAGAAUAAUUCAACUGCCAGAGUGCCAAGGAAAAGAAAGCUGUCAGAUUCAAGAGGGCAACAGGAUCAAGCCAAACGACGAUUUCACCGGAGAAAUACUGUGGGUUCCUUCUCAAAAUCAGCUGUUCAGGAGACUCCUGCUCAUAAACAGGUCUCCCAUGCGUUGUGGAAUAAACAAGAUCGUGCCAGGAAACGUUCCAGAGCUUAUACAGAAGUGCAUGUUUUACAGGAGUCACCCCUAAAAGAGUUACAAGCAGGAGCGAUGCUUCCUCGAAAAAGUCCUCGGAGGCCGCCAUCAUUGCUCUCCCAGCGGAGUCAGUCAUUUUAUGGGCGCUCAGCUAGUGUAGGACUAUUGACCAGGACCAGUUCCUUCACGGGGUCAUACUCUCGUGACUCCCCCAAGAAAGAGCCCACAGAGGAAAUAGAUUCUGGUUCUUCUGAAAAGACCCCUCAGAAGACGUCCUUUGCUGCGGCUGUUUCGCCGUUACGGUUCUCUCCUCGACAGAGGAAGAAGUUUUCGCUGCACAGUUUGUUGACCACCGCAAAAGAAUGUGAUCCAAAGGAAAAACAUUUGACGAGUCUUCAUAAACCUACGACACCAAAAGAAAAACGUCUGGGCACAAGAUCUUCUCCGAGACUCCUCAAGAAGCGGUCGUUUUCUUGUAUUGGGUUUUCGUCUGUUCCCUUCCCUGGCGCUCAGGAAAAGAAGUCAGAUCCUCUUCGUGCGAAGCCAAGAUCAUUUGAGAGUACAAGCCGCAAUUCGCUAUUAAAGGAGGAUGUUUGUUCCGACAAUGCUGUACAAGGAAGCUUGAUGAAAACGCCAAAGAAGCAGAAAACCGAUGACUUUUCAGAGGUCGGAAAAAUCACCCCAAAAUCGACUUCAGCGAAGAUGUCGUUUGCUACCGUCUCGCCUUUGCGGUCGUCUUCUCGGUCCUCUCCUCGGCAGAAGAAGUUUUCGCUGCAGAGUUUGGAAAAAGAAAAACGUUUGCCGAUUCCUCAUAAGCCUACGACACCCGAAGAAAACCUCAUGGCCACUAGAUCCUCUCCAAGACUCCUCAAAAAGCGCUCGUUUUCUGGUGUAGAAUUUUCGUCUUUCCCUAGAGUCCAGGAAGAGAAGUCAGAUCCUCGUCGUACAAAGCCCAGAUCAUUUGAGAGUACAAGCCGCAAUUCGCCAUUAAGGGAGGACACUUGUUCAGAGGAUGUCGUGCAAGAAAGCUUGAUGAAAACGCCAAAGAAGCAGAAAGCGGAUAGCCUUUCAGAAGUUGGAAAAAUCACUCCAAAAUCGACUUCUGAGCAGUCAGAAAAGCGAACGCCAUUAAAAGAUCAUCAUUUGGAUGAAUGUGUUGUUCUUCUUACGCCAAUUCGACGUCCCUUAAAUUCUACCGUGCAUGUUUCACCAAAGAUUGUAACUGAUGAAUCUUCUGCGUGUUCAAAAGGUCACACUCCCCCUGGUGUUGCGGAAUCUUCAAAACAAGGGGUGGAUUCGGCAACAACGCCGGUAGGAACACCCGUUAAGAACGACGUCAGCUCAGCAGUCCGCAGCUCACCGAGAUUAGCGGGACACCGAAGCAAGCGCGACAUUUCCGAGUCUUCCAAAGGAGCAUUCCACGAAUCUCUAUGUAAAUUUACAGAUUCUAAAUCGAAGGAUGAAAAGUUAGUGAAUCCCAGCUCUGAAGACUCCAUAAGGUUCACCGGGGAGACUGUGGAAAAUACCAGAACCCCCGUUAAGGAUCGUCCUUUUGACGACUGUGUGGUGCUUCUGUCCCCAAUUAGGGAGCUUCUAACAUCUCCAGUGCACGUGCUAUCUCAAGAAAAAAUCGUGUUGGUCACUCAUCCGGGCUCUAAAAGUACCUGUCAACUUGACGAAAACCCGGAUACCAACAUGAUGACCGGUGAUGCCGGAAAAUGCUCCUUAUCAAAGGAGGAUGCUACAAGCAUUAAGCCACCUCGUUUGUCUCUCCGCAUUGCCAUGUCUUCCGCUCUUGAUGCAUCAAAAGAACGAAGCCUGGGGAAAAUAUCCCCAGCAGUAAACGGCGAGUCCACCGGUGUAACGUUUAAAGCAGACGGAACGUUCAGCUGUGCGAGUCUGGUCGAAAAUGAUGAAUGCUGUGGCAUUUCUGCCGCAACUGAAGAAGCGCAAAGAAGCGUCUCAUAUAGUCACUUCCAGGGAGCUGUGCUGUCUCCUCGCUCGACCCGCACAUCUCCUAGAGAAGCUCAGUUAUUAUGGAAUCAGCGUCCACAAAACUCAACUACUCCUCAGAAAAAAGGGAAAAAGAAACCAAAUGGUGUGUCCAAUUCACCGGCUGAACCUACACGUCUGAGUCCUCUCAACCAAAUACUACGGCAGCAAAAACGAAAAAGAUGUUUUUCAAGCUCUCCCGCGGAUAAGCGUUCUAGAGAAGUGUGCCGGGGUUCACGUGACACUUUACGUGCACCUGACACUUUGUGUGCACCUCGAAGGACUCCAAGAAAGAAAAAGUCAGUGCGAGGCAAAGACGUGGACGGGAAUAGUUCUUUGAAUGUUUCUUGUCCCGUCGUCGUUGAGGACGACAAUUCGAUGUCGUCAGAAGAUGUGGUCAAUUGGCUUUGCGAAAUGGAGAAAGAAUAUGACCGUUCUGUGGCUGAGAAAAGUGAAGUUUCGAAGUCGCCCGCAACAAAAAAGAGACGAAUCGACAAAUCUGUUGUGUUCGGUAGGAAACGCGCUGGGAAUGAGGCCUCAAGAAAGCAGAAGAGCAAGAGUACGAAUUCGUCCUUGAGCAGUGACACAAGCUACGAGGAAGACGAUGAAGUGUUUCAGAGUCCCGCCGCGUUAGCCUCAGCGUGUCUCAGGCGGAGACAUUUGAAUAAAACACCCUUAUCAGCGAGUAGCAUUAAAUUGUUACAAGAAUCUCCAAUACUUUGUGAUAGUAAACUUUCGAUGUCGCCCUCGACCCGUACACGAAGCUGCUCCGAUGUAUCUCCGAAUCCCGAAGAGUACAGUCGGAGGGGAAGACUUGCGCGGCGAAAGUUCGUUCAGAGGAGAGCGAGCAUCUCGGAGAACUUCGUUGAUGACCAAGAGGAACCGAUAGGGUUUCAUUUGAGAAAGCGACUCAAACUCAAUACUUAAUUUUUACUUGCUUAUCUUAAGAUUUGGUUUUGGAAUUGAAUUUGCAAAGUUGUACAUAUCGUAGUCUUACUGCAAUCCGAAGCCGAGAUCUUUUAUUUGUGACGUAAUUUUCGUGUUGAACGACGAACCGGCUUUGACAUAAAUCAACUGUGCCCUCCAAGUCCCAAAUCCUAGAACGUUUUUUGGUUUUAUGUUUUUUUUGCACGCACUUGUCGUGUAAAUGCUGCCUUGUUAGCUGUAUACUAGCUCGUAUUGUUUUUAAAUAAUAAAUAUAUUUGUGCUACGGAGACGAAAAGUUUGUAUCGUUGUAUUUUGGUGAAAAGUGGGAUCCAGAUCAUGUGUCGCGGAGAAUGAAACUUUUCUUUUUCUCUUUCGACUUCGUGAUUUGUCCAUCGAGAAUCAACAACUCGAAUAAACUCAGAUUAACAGAUUGCGUAUCGCGAGGAAAAGAGGCUAGCGGGAUAUUUUAAGAUGUGCCAAUUCGCAACUCCAAAAUAUCCUUUCACUUGGUUGACAACAAUAGCAACAACGACUUUAUUUGUAACCAGCAUUUAACAUUUUAGCUUAAGUGUAUGAUACGAAAUGUUUCCCCCCGUUUUUGUUUCUUUGAUAUGUGUGAAAAAACCAUUCUGAGUUUGCAACAUAAAGAGAGAAUGCCAACUUCGUUCCCAGGGCUAUUCCCUUUGAAAUCGGGAAAAGCCCUGGUAACGAUGUCUGAUUUCAUUCUCGUCGCCAUAGCCCUUUCUCGUUUCUCGUGCCAAGGCCCCGCCGGCUAAGAGAAGCGAAAAGGGCUAUAGGGACGAGAAUGAUUUAGGUGUACUUCAACUGCUUGCCUAUGUUCAGAUACAGUCCGCCAUUUUGACAAUAGGAAAGUCAAGAUGAAAAGGGAAAAUACUUUCCUAUCCUCUGCUGGAAAGAAGAAUGACGCUGUUAUUGACGAGACUGAAACUGAAGAUGAACUUUUACCUUGGUUCACCCCACACCCCUCCCCCAUCGUGAACAAUCCGCGUAUCAAAAAAUGUACUCACAGUUAAACCACUUUUUGUCAUAUACCUGCCAUUAUUUACGUGGUGUGCAGUGAUGGGCGAAAACUAGCCAUGCGGGGUAUGAAGUUUUCUUCUCAAUAUGAAAAAAUCAGAAUCAUUCAUUCACGUGAUACUAUCAUGCAAAAACCAGGGAAACGAAAUGCAUGCAGGGUACGAAAUCCACACAGUGCGAAAAAAGGCUCGAUUUCCCCUAACAGCGGCUGGUAAUCGAGCAAAAGACAAGAAACAAAAGCCAUAUAUAAAAAGCCCUUUAAGAAUUACAAUGAUGUUUUUCCUUACGGAUGUACUGAAACUGAUAGCCAUCUCCACCCUGUUUGCUUCUUUUCAUAGACUUAAGCCGGUAAUUACCUUCACAAUCUUUUGAACUUUAUUGCUUCCAUCACUUGUAAUACAAUCAACAAAUGCCUUUUUUGCUAGUGGGCUCCUGCGUAAACUAUAAAAGAAAGGAGAACAAAAAUUCACGGCCAAGUUUUUA